CAGUGAGAGCGAGACACGGGUCAACCAGAGGAGGCUCUAAUUUAUGGUUCUCAUUGCAGGAGCUGCUUCUCCUCUGCAUCCUCCUCCUCCUCCUCCUCCUUCCUCUCCGCCUGUUAUCACCCAGCUCAUUAUCCUCCCUGCUGCUGGAGCGUGCAGACGCCUCUGAGCCCCUCCAUACCGGGGGAUUUCCUUCAGCACUACCUGAGCGGAUCCGUCUGGACGUACGAACACGAGGCUGACAUUCAGACCCGCAGGUGUUCAGGUCGACAGCAGCCACGCUCCUGCAGGGUUUACCGGUUGGAGGCUAAAGAGUUUUCUUCUUUCGUUUCUCACCUGGAGGCUGCAGAGCAGCAUGGACUUCACUCACUUCUGGCUUCUGGCCACGACUCUGACGCUGAUCCAUCAGUUUCAAGCGUCUGACAUGAGCCCUGUGGCGCAGGAGGGCCCCCUCGCGCAGCUCGCCCACACAGCCCACCGGCGGGAAAAGCGCUGCUCCUGUGAGAACCAGAAAGACAAGGAGUGUAUUUUUUUCUGUCACAUCGGCAUCGUGUGGGUCAACACCCCGAGCCAAGUGGUGCCGUACGGAUUCGGGUCGGUGCGCCUGCGCAGGGAGCUGCAGCGCUGCUUCUGCACGGACUCACAGGACACAGAGUGUUCCAGCUUCUGCUCCGAGCACACACAGACACUGGAGGAGAACGCUGCUGUGAAGAGGAAGACUGAGAAGAUGAAGAGCUACAGAACUGCAUUGUGGGAAAAAAGAAGCCGGCACGCUCUCAAGCACCAGACCUGAGACGGCGGCGCCUCACCACCAACACCUGCUCUUCAGAACCGAAGUCCUUAAAGUAUCUAAAGCAACUCGUAUUGGUCCGGUCGUGUACAGUGGUGUUUUUUGUUAAUGUGAUGAUGAUGAUGAUGUUUGAACCGGAGCUUUGAACACUGACAGGCUUUGGCUCGCAAAAUGUAUGAACAUGUGAACUUUGUGUUGACUCCAGUCCGGUUUAGAUCCGGUUAGAAACAGCCGAAACGUGGAAAACCUCCAACCUGAGCAUCCAGGGAGUUUUUACAGCUUUACAGGAGAGUAAAAAGUCCACAACUUUUUUAUGUUUUGUCACAUUACAACCAUAAUCUUCACUACAUGUUUUGGUCAUUUUAUGUGUCAGGGCUGUCCACCGAAACAGACUGAGCCUAGAGGCUCCUGGUAUCUCUGGAGGAGCUGCAGAGAUCCACAGCUCAGGUUGUAGAGGUUAAGAACAAAUGUUGGCUGCACACCACAAAUCUGGAAAAGAGUGGGAACAAGUUGAAAGAAAACUGUAAAAAUCUCUUUUGGAGUUUAUGACAAAUCAACAAACAUAUAAGUUGUAUAAGAGCUCCAGUUAGCCACUAUACCUGCUGAGUUAGAAUGGUCUAGUCAAAGUACAAUUGAAAAUCUGUGACAAAACUUUAUUAAACCUUAUUUAACUCAA